AACAGCAGUCUGUUUUCUUCUGUGACAGACGCAGAAAGAGAGAAGUGGAGGGAGGCUCUUAUCUCCGCACCGUCACAUUAAAACCAUAAAUUAAAAACAGAGCGGAAGAGCCGCCCGUGUGCGUGCAUGAUUCAGAGAGCCAGGAAAGAAACAAUAAAAUAAACACGGCGGAUACACAUUGGCAGAGUUUACAGGAGCAGCUCUGACAUCAGUCAAGUGAGAGGAGGAAGAGGGGCGCAACAUUGCUUCACGGAAACCGCUUUACAGUUUCACUUGCUGACACAGUUAGAAAGUAGGAAACAGAGAAACGGAAACAAGAAGGAUCCUUUUAAAGCAAAUUAUGUUGGUCAAAGAGUACCGGAUAUGCAUGCCGCUCACUGUGGAUGAGUACAGGAUCGGCCAGUUGUACAUGAUCAGCAAGCACAGCAAUGAGCAGAGCGGAGGUGGUGAAGGGGUGGAGGUCGUCCGUAAUGAACCCUGCACAGACCCCAAACAUGGAUCCGGUCAGAUCACGGAGAAACGCAUCUACCUCAACAGCAAACUGCCAACCUGGAUGAAGAGGUUUGUUCCCAUGGUGUUUUAUUUAACAGAAACUGCCUGGAACUUCUACCCAUACACCAUAACAGAGUAUACGUGUUCUUUCCUACCGAGGUUCCAUGUCAAGAUUGAGACGCACUUUAAGAAUGACAACGGCUGCAGCAAAAAUGUGUUCGGUGAUGACCCCACUCCAACGGACAACGUCUGCUUUUUGGAUAUAUUAAGUGACCCAAUCCCUGAAAAAAAUUACAAGAAGUCAGAGGAUCUGAGCGACUGGGUGUCGGAGAAAACAGGCCGGGGACCCCUAGUGGACGGCUGGAGGAACGACACCAAGCCCAUCAUGUGCUCCUAUAAGAGAGUGACCUGCAGUUUUGAGGUUUACGGCUUCCAGGGAAGAACAGAAGACUUUGUUCACAGGAACAUUCGUGACAUUCUGUUGGUGGGACACAGACAGGCGGUGGCAUGGAUUGACGAGUGGCAUGGAAUGACUCUCGAGCAGGUGAGAGAGUAUGAGAGAAAACAACAGGAGGAGACCAACUGCAAACUCAAGAGUGACAUUGCCAGCCCAGGCUCUGAUCCUGCAAUUCGACCCAGCUUCACUCGUUCCAUCUCUGUUACGGAUGAAUCGUCACUGAAAAAGAUGGGGGUUACGACUCUAGACAUUCCCAGCUCUCCGUCCUCCCUCAAGGGUCCUGUGAGAUUAAAAUCAACCCCAGAAUAACACCUGCAAUGACCACUGCCAAUACCACCUUGACAUCUGCCAAAUAUCUCUCCACUUGGACUGUCUCUUCUAGCAAAAACUGGUUGAAAUGAAAACACAAUCGUCACUUUCUGCUCACAGUUUCCCGCAUACCUGUGUUUAAUGCAGAGGAUGACAUUAACAAAAGCACCUUACUAAAGAACGUUAGAUACUAUGUCUAAACAGACUGGAGCGAAACCAUUCAAUUUUCUCCCAGACAAGACAGUCUCUACAAAAUGCAUUCAACCAAUGGUCUAUUCACCAGCAUAUGAACAUGAAUGGAUGCACAUAUUCAUCUGAGCACAGAAUGAAGAUGAAGAGGCUCUAUUGACAUAAUGAAACAACCAGCAGACAGUGUCGGUGAAACCCCCUCAUAUGGAUCACGGUGAAUGAGAGUGACUAGCCAAAAUGUCUAGUGGCUUACGGGAUAUUGAGACUAACCUUUGACCCUGUAUCAAUACAUUGAUGGAACAUAAUUGAUUGUUUAGUCGUGCAGCACAUAGUGAGAACUUUAUCAAUAGUACUUUGGGAGAUAAGACUAAAGACAACAGCAGAUUGAGCAUUAUGCAUUAUUUGACAUUGAUAUCACAUCUAUCAUCUGUCAUCUGUCAGUUACAUGCCACAUUCUCUGUUAGUCUCUGUUUUGGUUUUUGCGAAUUAAAAGGGAAAUUGGUAUUUUCUGCCAUUUGUUAAAGAAAUAGUUAACAUGACCUUAACUUGCAUCACUGGUUAAGCCAGCUUUGUUGCUUAAGCUGUCUAAACAAACAAAGUAAUGUUGAAAGUGCCACAUUGUAUAUUUUUAUAAUAAAUUUACUAAGGAAUGCAUAACAUAA